AAGCACCUUGAAUUUUGAAACAAUCUUGCAUCUUGGACCAGCCACCUUGAGCUUUUCGCGUCCUCUGUUGCUUUCUUUCCAUAUUCUACUCGUAUUCGAUUACUGUCUUUGGACAACUGGGUGUAGCGGCUCUGCCCAGCGAAACCUACUUUCUCUUGUGUCUCCAGAGCACAGUCGACUGCAAACAUGAUUCAAACUGGACUAAUUCAGAACGCUCACAAUGACCUGGUCACGGACGCGUCUUACGAUUUCUAUGGCCUUCGGCUUGCCACAUGUAGUCUUGAUCAAAGGAUCAAAGUAUGGCAGUUGAACGAAGGAUUGGGGACAUGGGAUAUCGAGGAUGAUUGGAAAGCACAUGACGCCGCUGUCUCGAAAGUCAGCUGGGCGCACCCAGAGUUCGGCAUCAUCCUCGCUUCAUCAUCAUUUGACAGAACAGUCAAGGUCUGGGAGCAGACUUCCUAUGUCGAAUCUGAGCAACCUCAAAUCAAUGGUGCAGCAUCUGCUCCAAGCUCCUCACGUUGGACAGAACGUGCGGUACUGGUGGACGCAAAAGGAACGGUCCGCGCCGUUGAAUUUGCGCCACAACAUUUCGGAUUGAAAUUGGCAACAAUUUCAUCUGAUAAUUAUCUACGCAUUUAUGAGUGCCUAGAACAACCAUCACUCUCGAGUUGGCAACUAGGAGAAGAAGUCGACGUCUUAACACUGCCCUCUACGUCUCCAGGCCCACGCUCGAUUUCUCAUACAGUGACUCAAGCUACACCCACACAAACAACCUCUACACUAGAUGGCGCUUCUUCCUCGCUAGUAGCACAUGCACUUCAGCAACAGCAACAGCAGCAAAGUCAGGCAUCUGGAAGGCCGGGGAUGGGCAAUCGAGAGGCUGAUGGCGGAUGGUGUAUCUCGUGGUGUAAAGAUAGAUACUGGGGUGAAAUUAUUGCUGCAUCAUGCGGCGUAGAUGGUAAAGUCAAGAUUAUUCAAUUGUCCUCAUCACGACGUCCCGCCACUCUUCUCACCCUCGACCCAUCUCCUCACCGAUCUCAAGACACUGCUCCAAAACAGACGAGUACACUUACAAUAGAAAAUGAACCAGCGACCUACGCUGUUACCUCUGUCUCAUGGGCGCCUUCAUGCGGCCGCUCGUACCAGUUGAUUGCUACAGGAAGCCGUGACGGGCGAGUACGAAUUUGGCGUGUCAAGCCUCCUGCGCUCUCUGAUGAGCUAGACGAAGAUGGUGACGGGGACGGAAGUGAAGGCAGCUGGAGUGCAAGUUUAGUUGGGGACUUUGAUGACCACAGAGCCGCGGUCGGUCGAGUCGAGUGGAAUAUCACUGGAACGAUACUCUCGUCUGCUGGAAAUGACGGCAGAGUUCGUCUCUGGAAAGCUACUGCUGGAAGUGUCUGGAGACCCGCUGGCCAUAUCAGUGUCGAGCAAGCGGAGGAGCUUCCACCAGAUGUGGAUAUGGACGAAAACCCGAUGGCAGACUGACACAGCUUUAUCAUGUCUUGAAGCGCAUAUUUCUGUCACAUCAUCGAUACGUUCUUCUUGCGUUGGAAUGGGCCAAGUAUAUUGCUUUCAAAAUCAACGCUUGUGACUGAAGUAAAAUUGUUCGCUUGGAAAGGCCUUCUAAUUAACAGGCUCCCAAUGAUGAUGGCGUAUAUAUUCUCGCUCUCGGGACGGAAUGGGGAACUGUUGAAGAAAUCGACUAAGCUGGAUCGCUGUCAGUGUUUCAACCACUCUGUAUAUGCUUGUCAUGGGCACCUGUGCAGAGGUAGGCAUCUUCUUUCUGCACCUUAUUUUCGAGUGAGCAAAACUUCGGUACCGCCUCGGUAUACUGGAGGAGAUGGUUUAAAAGUUGUCGACCGCUGUCAAGACUACGUAGGCUCGGAGAGAAGCCCAAAUUUGAGGUGAUAUCGUGAAUUCCUCAAUCCCACUCAAGCAAACCUGCGGUAAUGAAAACACCAAUCUUCG